AUGUCAAGCAUCGCGUCUGAACUUCCUGUAGAGCUGCUGCGACGCAUCUUCUCCUUCCUACCCGAGAUCCCUCCCGUCGCGCCCAAGAGCUGGAAGAAGAACGUGGAAUACGCUCUGGCCCCUCCUCUCCCGUCCACCGUCACGAUCAGCGACGAUGCGGUCUCGCGUCGCGGCUGGGCCAAUGCAGCCUUCAUAUGUCGGCAUUGGCGCGAGGUAGCGUUCUCGAUGAACCGGACGAUACCCAUCAGGAUUGCGCCGGAAGAGUCGCAGAAGGACAUCAGAAGGCGCAUCGCUACUGUGUUUGCCCCUCUGCCUGUCACCAUACACGUGGAGCAACAUCUCAUCGAGAAUUGUGGAUUUGGGCACGGAAGCCCUCCCUACAUCUAUACGCACUGGUCUUUCACGGGUCAAACUGAAGGACCAGAAGCCGCCCCCAUGUUGCGCUUGGUCGUCGCCCUCCGUGGGCGUGUCACAGGGAUCUACGCGUACCUCUGCAACACCCUCCGCUCUAAUGGGUACAGGAUAACCCUGACCCCACGUCUAGCUGACUUCAUUCGCCUCGCCUCUCAACUCUUGCCCUCGACAUUCAACAAGUUGCAUAUCAUCGCUCCCGGGCGGAACCGUCGUCACGGACCCGAAGCAACUCGGUACCUCGAGGACGGCGUCUUGGAUUUCCCGGACCAUCUGCUAGAGAACAGAGUGCUGGAUGCAUUGGAGCUGAGGGACUGCCACUUUGCCGAUCCGGGCCCAGUCUUCGCGCACACCAACCUUCGCGAGCUCACACUUAUUGCCUCUACAAACUCUUGGCCACUUCCGCCCAGCGCUGGUCUCAAACAGCUCGAAUCUUUGUGUCUCACGCUUGAGAGCAUACCGAAGAAGGACACGAUAGCGAGCAUGGGGCAGAUCGAGCUACCGUCGCUUCAACACCUCUACCUUGGAGGUUACAUGUACAAUACCGGUGCUCUGCUUGCAAAGCUAUCCUUCCCGGCAUCUACUUCCAUCGAGCUACGCUGCGACUACAACGCCAACACCGUUGUUGAGCACAUUUGUCCGCUCGUCACCCCACUCGCACAGCAUUUCGAAGGAUCUUGCGCUCGAGGCGAAGGUUUCACCGACGUCACUCUACGUGUCGGGCGGCUGGAUGUCGAGAUGACAUGUAGCGCGCCCGUGCGACGCGGAUCCUACUCCCUGCUGUCGCCAUCGACCUCUUUCACCGUCAGCCUAGCAUGCCGUAUACUCAUACUCAGAAAUCAUCCGGAGCGGGCCCGUAACUUCACGACGGCCAUAUUCGAAGACCUAGUGGGGGGCAUCUGCGCGCGCGUGCCUCAUGCCGCCGGUGUAGAGCAGACACUGGAGGUGACCGUACCUUCCAAUCAGUUACUGGACUCUUCGUAUGGCUAUUGGGUGGAAGCUGCGGUUGCCUUACGCGACAUCACCGACGUCCGCGUCGACUACAACACGGCCCAACAUCUACUCCAGUUCAUCCAGGCUCGUCGUGCCUCACAAGCCGACGUCCCCUUCCCGCGCCUGCGCCGCUGUACGGUUUUAGCAGCAGAUCAUGACGAUGUACACUCGGAGAGAACACGCCGGUCCUUGCAGGAGGAGUUCGAGCGACGUGGCGUACAAGACGCUGUUUCUUGCGGGGAUCGGAGGUUGUGA